AUGUUUGCUGUCUACCUUCUGCUUGUGGCCCUGGGGCCCCGAUUGAUGGAAGGGCGUGAGCCCUUCACCCUGCGCCUAGUUCUGCUAGUCUAUAACCUUUCCCUAGUGGGCCUGUCUAUCUAUAUGUUUUAUGAGUUUCUGGUGACGUCGGUGUUGGCUGGGUACAGCUACUUCUGCCAACCGGUGGACUACAGUAAUAGUGAGCUGGGCCUGCGGAUGGCCAGAGUAUGCUGGUGGUUCUUCUUCUCCAAGGUCAUUGAGCUCCUAGACACAAUCUUUUUCAUCAUGAGGAAGAAGUUCAAUCAGAUCUCCUUCCUCCAUGUCUAUCACCAUGCCACCAUGAUCUUCAACUGGUGGGCCGGGGUCAAAUACGUGGCCGGAGGACAGGCAUUUUUCAUCGGCAUGCUGAACUCUUUUGUCCACAUCUUCAUGUACCUGUACUACGCUCUGGCGGUCCUGGGGCCCUCCGUGCAGAAGUACUUGUGGUGGAAGAGAUACUUGACCAUACUUCAGCUGGUGAGUGUCCAUGAGAUGCGGCUGUUGGAGAAUAAUGACUCCUAUCACUCUACUACUGAUCAAUGCAAAGAUUUCUAG